AUGUAUGCUCGCAUUAUCCAAAAGCUUGGUUUCCCAGCCAAAUUUAAGGAUUUCAAAAUUCAGAACAUUGUUGGCUCGUGGGAUGUUAAGUUCCCCAUACGGCUUGAGGGUCUUGCAUACUCUCAUGGUGCUUUCUCAAGUUAUGAACCAGAGCUCUUUCCAGGUCUAAUCUACCGUAUGAAGCAACCUAAAAUAGUCUUGCUUAUAUUUGUCUCAGGAAAAAUUGUUCUAACAGGAGCAAAGGUGAGAGAUGAGACAUACACUGCCUUCGAGAACAUAUAUCCUGUGCUUACUGAAUUCAGGAAAAAUCAACAAUGUGAAGUUCGUGGAACUGUAAAUAUUAAGACAAAGGAGAUGAUAUCUAGAUUGAUAUAUAAAUUAAAGACAGCCGUUCGUGUUGCCUUGUAG